AUGGCUCUAAGUACUUUGGACUGGCUUGUGUACCCGUCGUUCAUCCUCAUCCUGGGGGUAAUAGGGCAUCGCUUGCGUCAGAGUAGAUCCCAGUCGCUACCACCUGGCCCACCGCCAAAACCAUUGAUAGGAAAUUAUCUCGAUGUCCCAAAGGCGGAGCCAUGGAGAAAAUUCUCGCAAUGGAGCAAGCUAUAUGGCGACCUUGUAUACGUGAACGUCCUCGGGAACAAACUUCUCAUCCUGAACGACAUGGAAAGUAUGCGUGAGCUUCUUGAGAAGAGAUCACAGAAGUAUUCCGAUAGAGCAUCAUUUUUGAUGGCCAAUUACAUGGGAAUCGAGAACAAUCUGUCAUUCGCUCCCUAUGGUCCAGAUUGGAGGCAAGGACGGAAGCUCAUACAUGGAACCGUUAACCAGGAAGCGGUUCAGAAGUAUCAUUCGCUGCAGGAAGAUGUGGCCGCCAGAUUUUUGAGAAAUUUGGUGGAAAACCCUUCAGGGGUUAUGAAGCAUCUGCACAUGGCCUCGGCUCAUAUCAUCGCGUCGAUCACCUAUGGGUUUUCCAUCGACACCCCGAGCAACGUGUACUUCGACGAAUUUGCCGAAACGGAACGAAUCGUACUGAAAAGUGUGGUUCCGGGGGCCUAUCUUGUUGAUAUGAUUCCUCAACUAUGGUAUCUGCCGUCCUGGGUCCCAUUCAACAGCAUACGGCGAACAGCAGAGACGGGGCGGCAGCGGGUGUCCGACAUCGUGCACCGUCCAAUAGAGCAGGUAGAACAGGAUAUGAAACAAGGAGCAUCUUCGGCUUCGUUUGUUUCAGAUCAUUUAAGGAACGGCGGGAGCGAUGAAGCGAUAAGACAGCUGCUGCCUUGGGUAGCAUGGUCGAUAUACGAAGCUGGAAAUGACACAACAGCUGGAACCAUGUUGGUCUUCAUGCAUGCGAUGGCGUGCUUCCCGGAGGUCCAAGCCCGUAUGCGUGAGGAGAUACAUAGAGUCGUAGGGACUGACCGUCUGCCAACUUUUGUUGACCGCGGACGGUUGCCGUAUAUUAAUGCGGCAAUUAAGGAGGUGUACCGCUGGAAUCCCAACUCGCCUUUGGGUGCGCCAAGGAAAUUACAGGAUGCGGAUGUCUAUAGAGCAGGGUACUACAUACCGAAAGGCACCAUUGUUAUGCCUAAUGUCUGGUUGCUCAGUCGGGACCAGGAUAGUGGCAUAGAUCCAGAGGCAUUUUCGCCAGAACGCUUUCUUGAGACGCACGUACAGAAAACGGCGAUUGAUCCUUACAGUUAUGCGUUUGGUUUUGGCAGGAGGAUGUGCCCAGGACGUUUUUUAGCAGACAAUUCCGUGUUCAUGCUUGUAACCAGUAUGUUGGCGACCGUGCGAAUUUCGAAACCCAAGGAUAGCUAUGGCGUGGAAAAACUGUUUGAUCCUCCGUAUAUACCCGCAGGUCUUGCCAGUUUUCCUUAUCCAUUCGAAGUCGACAUCGAACCGGUGUCGGACAAAGCAGUGGCUGUCGUGAAAGGCAUAGCGACGAGUAUCAAUUGAAUGUUCGUGUAUGUGUGGGUUGGCCAGGGGAGCACGAAGGCUCUGGUGCAUUCUCUAUGAGAAGGUAUCGCUGCGUUUCACCUGUUUAUCGAUUGAGUCAUCAACAUGCAUUUUAUCGCAUUUUAUCAAUAUUCAUCCUAACAGCGAUACGAAUGUUAUAUACAUUUUUUAGCUCAAGAGAUCUCGCCAAGUCCCACCUCACUUUCGUGAACGCACAUCUUGCAGC